ACUCUGUUAACCACAGAGGCCCAAAGUUCUUCCAAAACUGAUCGGAGCCUGGGAUUGCUCUUCUCAGCUCUUAGGAGCCCUCACACUCCCUUUCCCCUCCAUGAAGCGGGGUGAUCACAGGCAGACGAUGGAGCAAGGCAGCAGCCGCUUGGAGGACUUCCCUCUCAACGUGUUUUCCGUCACUCCCUACACACCCAGCACCGCUGACAUCCAGGUGUCCGAUGACGACAAGGCGGGGGCCACCUUGCUCUUCUCAGGCAUCUUCUUGGGACUGGUGGGGAUCACGUUCACCGUCAUGGGCUGGAUCAAAUACCAAGGUGUCUCCCACUUUGAAUGGACCCAGCUCCUUGGACCUAUCCUGUUGUCAGUCGGGGUGACAUUCAUCCUGAUUGCCGUGUGCAAGUUCAAAAUGCUCUCCUGCCAGGCGUGCAAGGAAAGUGAGGAAAGGGUCCUGGAUUCGGAGCAGACGGCAGGAGGACAAUCAUUUGUUUUCACUGGUAUCAACCAACCCAUCACCUUCCAUGGAGCCACUGUGGUGCAGUAUAUCCCUCCCCCUUAUGGUUCUCAAGAACCCCUGGGGAUGAACACUACCUACCUGCAGCCAGUGGUGAACCCCUGUGGUCUCAUACCACCUGGAGGGGUGGUAACCGCCAUGCCAAGCCCUCCUCAGUACUACACCAUCUAUCCUUCAGAGAAUGCUGCUUUUGUUAGUGACCCAGAAUACCCUUCCUUUGUGGCCGGUGGAAAUGACAGAUCCAGCCCUGAUGCUGACCAGCUAGAAGAGACACAGCUGGGAGAUGAGGUGUCUGCCUGCUUCUCUCCUCCCCGCUAUGAGGAAAUAUACUCCCUCCCUCGCUAGACUAUGAUGCCAAAGGAAUGGCAUUAAAGUCAUUGUUGCUGACAAAUGAGGUGUCG